GCGGGGCUGUUGAUAUCAAUAUGGCGGUUGUCAGCCAGACAAAGACAGUCAGUCUGAUGUGAUUGAGACAAGGGAGGUUUUUCAGGGGGAGACUGGGAGAUAAGGGCCUCCCCUCCCCCUUCUCCUCUUCCUGCGCCGGCCUCAACCCCUCCCCAGACCCCUCCCGACGGGCGCCCCACGCGGAAGACACCCCUCCCCCCUCCCGCUUUCCCCUCCUCCCUACCUCAGACCUCAGCCCUUCGUACCGGGACGUUGGGGAGGGGGCUGUGCCGGGCGGGAGAACUCAGCAAAGCAUUCUGAGAAUGAUGAAUAACGCUGAUCAUCUCUAGCAAGGACAUUGCUUCCCCUCAUGUAAAGCAUGCUCAGUUCCUUCCCAGUGGUUUUGCUGGAAACCAUGUCUCACUAUACAGAUGAACCCAGAUUUACCAUAGAGCAGAUAGAUCUGCUCCAGCGCCUCCGGCGUACUGGAAUGACUAAACAUGAAAUUCUCCAUGCCUUGGAAACUCUGGACCGCCUUGAUCAAGAACAUAGCGACAAGUUUGGAAGAAGGUCCAGCUAUGGAGGAAGUUCAUAUGGGAAUAGUACCAACAAUGUUCCAGCAUCUUCCUCUACAGCUACAGCUUCCACGCAGACCCAGCAUUCGGGCAUGUCCCCGUCACCUAGCAAUAGUUACGACACCUCCCCACAGCCUUGUACUACCAAUCAGAACGGGAGGGAGAAUAACGAGCGAUUAUCCACGUCCAAUGGGAAGAUGUCACCAACUCGCUACCAUGCCAACAGCAUGGGUCAGAGGUCAUACAGUUUUGAAGCCUCAGAAGAGGACCUAGAUGUAGAUGAUAAAGUGGAGGAAUUAAUGAGGAGGGACAGCAGUGUGAUAAAAGAGGAAAUCAAAGCCUUUCUUGCCAAUCGGAGGAUUUCCCAAGCAGUUGUUGCACAGGUAACAGGUAUCAGCCAGAGCCGGAUCUCUCACUGGUUAUUGCAGCAGGGGUCAGAUCUGAGUGAACAGAAGAAAAGAGCAUUUUACCGAUGGUAUCAGCUUGAAAAGACAAACCCUGGGGCUACGCUAAGUAUGAGACCAGCACCCAUUCCAAUAGAGGACCCGGAGUGGAGACAAACGCCUCCCCCAGUCUCAGCCACGUCUGGCACCUUCCGACUACGGCGAGGCAGUCGAUUUACCUGGAGAAAGGAGUGUCUGGCUGUCAUGGAAAGUUACUUCAAUGAGAAUCAAUACCCAGAUGAAGCAAAGAGAGAAGAAAUUGCAAAUGCUUGCAACGCAGUGAUACAGAAGCCAGGCAAAAAACUGUCAGAUCUGGAACGAGUUACCUCCCUGAAAGUAUAUAACUGGUUUGCUAACAGGCGGAAGGAGAUCAAGAGAAGAGCCAAUAUCGAAGCAGCAAUCCUGGAGAGUCAUGGGAUAGAUGUACAGAGUCCGGGAGGCCACUCCAACAGUGAUGACGUGGAUGGGAAUGACUACUCGGAGCAGGAUACUUGGCAAGUACGCAAUGGGGAGGAGGAGGAGGGAAGAAGUUCAGAGGGAGGCAGAGAAGCAGAGAAGGACGACAGCACUAGCCAUAGCGACCACCAGGACCCCAUCUCGUUAGCUGUGGAGAUGGCGGCAGUCAACCACACUAUCUUGGCACUGGCCCGACAAGGAGCCAACGAAAUCAAGACAGAGGCCCUGGAUGACGACUGACGAGGGAGGGCUGAACGCAAGAAGUUAACUUAGUUUAGAUGUAGCACCUUAGCAGACUUUCCUCGGUCCUUAACAUGUGUUCUUACAGUAUAACUUGCAGUUUCUUGUAUGUCAGUUAGCCCUUAGGGUCUUGUUCUGUGAAGAUGGCAUGGUGCCCUCAGCCUUUGCAUAUACUCUCUCAGUAUUAAUUCCCAGUAACUAAUAACCAACCAACCAACCAAACUUCCCUCUCCCAGCCCCCGAGGCUAGAAAAUCUUGCUGCUCUGUCUUAGCAUUUCAAGAAAGUGCUUCCAGGUAUUUAGCUAGCCCUCAGUUCUCAAAUAGUAGGCUCCGUGUCAAACCUUGGGUACCUUUCGAUUCCUGUAACACUAGUCUCUACCCCUCUUCCUUCCCCAAGACUGGUAGGAUGCAAGCUGAGGUAGUGUGGCCAAGAUUGACAGACGGCAUUUGGGGAGUGUCCGCAGAGUAAAAGGAACACUAGAAACCCCCCCUCCACGUGGGAAUAAUUGAUUUCCAGCUGCAAUAAGCCGUGCCUCAUAAUAGUCACACCGUGGCUAGAUUAUACUUCUUUGGGUGCUGUGCUAAGAAUGUCAGUGGAAAAACUCGAUCUCAGAUUUUGGUUGAUGUUAACAUGCCUGACACAGACAUCCUUUCCUCUCACAAGCUGUGUGACUGAGUAGAUAAAAUACUGCCUUCUGCCUUUGGGACCAUGAUUAAACAGAAAAAUGACAACAAAAAAAAAAGUUAAAAACCCACAAAACCCAGCUUGAGAGCAUUGGGAAAAACCAUGAGCCGAAGGUGUAAUAAUGGUGGAUGUUAUUAGAACCACUAUACAGUGCGUGGCACAGGCACGCCCACCGGGAAGGUGCCGGAAGUCACCGCGGAAGCGGCUCUGCCUCCUGUCUGUGUCUCCUUUCCUUGCUACCAAAAACACAGAAAGGUGACUCGAGGAUGGAGCUAAGGCCAAAAGUAAGUGAACGAACUUCCAGUCCCUGUAGCCAUUAAACUGAAGCCCCUCAACAUGAGAGGCUGGUAGAGGACUCUAGUGGGAUUAUGCCUGCUGACUGUCACAAGCGCAAAUGCUUUCCUAAAUAGGAGCAGAAAAAAGCAGGGGACAUUUGCAACUUCCGUGGCGGGUCUGCGAGAUGUGACUUGCUUAGGUGUUCUCUUUACUCUGUCCUUGUAGAGGUGUGAAAAGCUAUAUUGCUACAGGCAAUUUAUUUAAUAAUUGGAAGCCAUAUUGAUAAUGGAUGUGGUAAUAUUUGUAAAGUUUAAUCUACUUUAAGCAGCAGUAACUAAUGGAAUUUUUUUCCUUGAUCACAUAUGUAGCACUUUUGUUACUUUUUAAAGAUAUUUAUAUUUGAUAAAUCUUUUUUUCAUUUUGAGAACUCAAAAUACCAAACAGUGAACUUGGUUAGAAAAGUCACCCUGUGAUCACCUUGUCAUCCAGUAGCGAAAUGAUGAACUACUCAUGCAUCCAAGAAUAUUACAUCUGCCAGCCUCGUAUGAAAAUGAUCUCUUGGCAUCUCGAUUAAAGGACACAGUGUCACGGUGCGUAAGAGGAACAGCUUCCAGUGUAGGCUGCGUCUGAAAGAGGCACGGCCGCUCUGUAUUUCCUGCCUCACUCCACCUCUGUGAACGACAAAACCUUGUUUAAAGGGGUAUAUGCAGAGGGCUGGCUCUUAAGCAAGGUUUCGUCUGUCUGUCCGUCACCUGAAAAUGAUUUGUAAGAUUGAAGGAGGGGGUAUUUCCUGACCUCUUCACCCUUCCUCACCCACCAAAUGUUUUCAACUUAAAACCAUUGAGAGAGAGAGAGAAUGACUGGCCUUCCUGUUUUCCCUUCCUCGUCAGUGAGAUUCUGAGUAUCCGCCAGCUUCCGGCUGGUCUUGCUCCACCUAAGGCACCUGCUGAUGCGCUCGCCUCCGUGUCUGUCCAUCCUGCUUAUGUCAGUGUGAGGAGGCCUUUGGGAGGCAUGGAGGUGCUGCCUCUGUGGGUCCGUGACUUUAUAGAGCUACAGGCAGGACCUGCUCUUGUUCUAGGAUUUCAGGGGGAAAAUGUAUAUAUUUUUUUCCAGCUUCCCAGAAUUGAAGUAAAGUGGAGUAGUCUUUUUCUGUUUCACUGUAUUACUUGAACCAACAAAUUCAAGAGUAGCAUUUGUUGUUCUCAGGAAUGACCCGCCCUCCCCCACCCCCCACAUUCAUCUUCUUUCUUGGUGUGUUUGACUUUUUAUUGCAAUUAGACUGUGUUAGCUUUCUUUCCUUUGAUAUUAUUUAGAAAAAAAUGUAUCUAUCUUUCCAUCUCGGUGGAAUUUUUGUCUACUUACUUUCAGUUAAAUCAGAAAGAAAAGGAGAGAGAAAAAUAUACUGUCUGACAAGCUGCAUCCAUGAUUUAUUGUAAGGAGAUUAUUAUAAUUGAUAGCUUCUUUAUGAUGGGAUUGCUAGUAUCAUCUGUUCUUGCUGGUUCCUUUUAAAGAAGCAGACUCAAACUAUAAAGGCAGCUGCAGUUUCUAAAGAAACAGAGUGAUUUCCAGAGAAGAGCCAAAAGGUUUCAGUGUUUUAAGACCUUUCAGGAAGGAAAGAAAGCUUCAGAGAAUAAAGGUGAGUAUCUGUGAAGGGAGUACCAGGUGCUACCCAGAAAUCUGGAAAAAGUGAAAGAAUGUGUUUGCCAGGCAGGGUAGCAGCUCCUUGGGUUCAGUAGGAGCAAGAGGAAGAAGCCUUCACCCCUUUCAUUAAAGACAGCUGCCGGUCUGCUCUUAACUGCCACUGCCAUAUGUUUAACUUCAGCUUUCUCACCAAGAGUGAAAAUUUAGUUCUUUGGGUCUUCAGUUUAAAUCUACUACAGGCUUUUGGUCAUCAGCUUGAACUCCGCUGUCUUCUCCGGGCUACCUUAGUUCUUACCAUGUGUGUGGAGUUGCCACUAAUGAGUAAUAUCUUUGGGGAGUAAAUUUUUUUCUUCAGCUUUUUCAGGUUUAAAGGGUGGUAUUAAAAUAGAAACCCUAAGUUGCUCUCUGAAGGGAAGAUAGACUCUUUGAAAACAAUUCCACUGUGUGCUUGUGGCUUUUCUGUCCUCUUUUCUCACUUCCUGCUGUACAUUUUUCAGGCCCCAGAGGACUGUUUCAGGGGCUGCUGCUUCCCAGGUGAGGAACCCUUGCAAGCAGUUCCAGGUAACUUAUUUUUUUUUUAAGACACUUUCAUUGAAUUACUGCAGUCACAUGCGUAAACUUCCUCCCCUUCUUAAAACAGAGCCUUACAGAGGGAGCUUUUAAAGGUGGACCAUCCUAAUGCCAUUUUUGCAUUAAAUGAGAACCUUAACACCAGAUGAAGGCCAGUCGGUACCAAAUAAACAGUGUGGCUUAUUUCAGAAGGGUUUGUAAGGCUGGAGUAAAGCUUAGGGCAGUUUUCUUCAUAAAUCUCGGUCCUCUGAGUGUUAGCUUUGAGUAUUAGAGGAGUGUGGUUAGCUUCUUCCCACCUUCGGGGUCUGUAAAGUUCCCACAGUCUGGUGUUUGGCAGGGUAGAUCUUCCCCACAUCCCCAUUGUCCUUCACAGGAAGACCACUUAAGUCCAAUCGAGGAGAUGGGAGAGUCCGUACCCAGGCCUAUAGGGUUGCAGCAGUCUGUGACCAGCAGCUCCUCUAUCCAGAUGUCCAGGUAUGUCUUUACCUCAAAAGGGACAACUCAUGAAGAGCUAGCGACAGAGUUGUUUCAAUUCUCCCUGUUUGGCCUUUGUACAAUUUCAACUAGCAGGUAUAAGAAAAUCGUCUUUCAUUUCAUCAGAAAUCUACAGGCACAUCCUCUCUGUCUGUGGUUAACUCCUCUUCUCUUUGGGCUCCAAACCAAGGCCUCCUCUUGAGCUGACUUCCUGCUGGAAUUUUCUCAUCUUCUGCAGCAGGCAGAGUAGGGGGUGUGGUCCAUCUCGUCACACAGGAGUGUUUACUCCUUCCUGUCUUGCGGCUCUCCUGUUUGACUAGCUACUUAUUCCAGUGACCAGCCAUUCUCUCUGCCCACCCAGUGGGAAUAAUCCCUUUUUUCAUAAAUGAGCCCCGACCCCCGUCCUAAAAAUGUGAAUAUCAAGUCCUUCUCUCUCUUUGGUCUUAAGAACAAUUU